CCAAAACAGCCCCCCCGUAAGUCAAUGUUUUGUUUUGAUUUCAACCAAUCCAGCAGUAACGCAACCCGAUGUCCACGGAGGAGUGCACCGUCUGUCGAAAGCCGCUCAACAAUCGGUCAACGCGCCACUACCACGAGCACUGCCGCCAGCCGGAACUGAAACCGUUCAAGUGUAACCGAUGUGAACGCACCUUUGCCUCCAAGUCGCACCUGGCAUUCCACGCGGAGACCCACCUGGAACGGCGUCUCCCAUGCCCGGAUUGCGACAAAACCUACAAACAUAGGCGUGAUCUUGAUCUUCACCGACGCUGCGAGCACGAAACGACGACGACGCCUGGCGAAGAAACGAUCAGGUGUGGCAAGUGCUCGAAGCAGUUUCCAUCGCAGCAAGCGUUGGAGCGGCACCGAAAAAGCCACGCAGACGAUGGACUGCGGCCCUUCAAGUGUGAUCAGUGCAAGUUGUCUUUUCGCCUCAAAGGCAACCUAACAAAGCAUGCCAAGAUAUUGCACUCUAAACAGAAACUAUUCAAAUGUGAGCGUUGCAGCAAAUCGUUCUACCGGAACAAUGCCCUCAAGUUUCAUAUGUUAAGCCAUCAAUCGAAAAACUUCCAGUGUCGAUCGUGCGAGAAAGAGUUUGUUGAUGCGAGAAACCUUGAACGGCACCUCAAAACGCACGUUACCCAGAAGGAAUAUCGAUGUGAUAAAUGUGGAAUUACAAGUUCCAGGAAAGAUAACAUCCUUCGACACGCUAGGAGUUUCCAUCCGGAGAGCGAUCUCGAUAAGGUAAUACUUCGAGGGGAUCUUGGCGACCAACUGGAAGUCAUCAAGAAGGACGUCCAGCAGGGCAACAAAACUAAAAAGACUGAACCGAAACCCGUCGAACCCAUAUCAAACCGCAUCAGUGUUAUCCAAACAGUAGGAACACCGAAACCUCUCGAACCACCCAGAGCAUCUACUUCACAAAUGCCACCCAAAGUUGAUCAGCAGCCAAAACCUAUCCCGAAGGUCGACCCACUAGAAAUCUACAGAAAGAUCCUCAAACCGAGCUGCAACGGUGACGACGACCAUGAAACAAACAACGUCACAGCAAAAUCUGAACCAACAAACAAUGCCGUAUCAUCAGAUGAGCACGCGCCGACGCCGUCAACCCCUAAAACAUUGUCGACGACCACCAACACUGCGAGCGGCAAUAAUUAUUCUUCUAUAAAUAAUUUCUCUGAAGUUCAUUGGCGAAAGCGCACAUCGCAGAUCUUCACCAAUUCGACUAGGUGA